UUAAGGUCACCUCCGUCAUUGAGUCUCCAGCAGCUGGCGGAGCCGGACCUCUCUACCACACCCACCAAACUCAACCACCCAAACCAAGCAACAUGUCUCUGUCUAACAAACUCACCCUGGAUAAGGUGGAAGUCAAGGGGAAGAGGGUCAUUAUGAGAGUGGACUUCAAUGUUCCCAUGAAGGACCAUCACAUAACGAACAACCAGAGGAUUAAGGCAGCGGUUCCCAGCAUCAAGCACUGUCUGGACCAUGGAGCCAAGUCCGUGGUUCUGAUGAGCCAUCUGGGCCGUCCCGACGGGAACCCCAUGCCCGACAAAUACUCUCUGGAGCCGGUCGCUGCUGAGCUCAAGACCCUUCUGGGGAAGGACAUCCACUUCCUGAAGGACUGUGUUGGUAAAGAUGUGGAAGCUGCCUGCGCCAACCCCGCUGCCGGAUCCGUCAUCCUGCUGGAGAACCUCCGCUUCCACGUGGCAGAGGAGGGAAAAGGCAAGGAUGCAUCUGGAAACAAGACCAAGGCCACCCAGGAGCAGAUCGACUCCUUCAGGGCGUCUCUGUCCAAACUGGGAGAUGUUUACAUCAACGACGCCUUUGGCACCGCUCACAGGGCUCACAGCUCCAUGGUCGGAGUGCACUUGCCUCAGAAAGCGGCUGGUUUCCUCAUGAAGAAGGAGCUCGACUACUUCGCCAUGGCUCUGGAGAAACCUAAGAGUCCCUUCCUGGCCAUCCUCGGAGGAGCGAAGGUGAAAGAUAAGAUCCAGCUGAUCAACAACAUGCUGGAUAAGGUCAACGAGAUGAUCAUCGGAGGCGGCAUGGCGUUCACCUUCCUCAAGGUGCUCAACAACAUGGAGAUCGGUACCUCGCUGUACGACGAGGAGGGUGCCGGCAUCGUCAAGGACCUGAUGGCCAAGGCCGAGAAGAACAAGGUCAAGAUCACUCUGCCCGUCGACUUUGUCACCGCCGACAAGUUUGACGAGAAAGCCGCCACCGGCACCGCUACCGUUGCUGCUGGCAUUCCAGCCGGCUGGAUGGGCCUGGACUGUGGACCAGAAAGCUCCAAGCACUUCGCCGAGGCGGUGGGCAGGGCCAAGACGAUUGUGUGGAACGGUCCCGUCGGUGUGUUUGAGUGGGACCACUUUGCCAAAGGGACGAAGAACCUGAUGGAUAAAGUGGUGGAGGUGACGAAGUCGGGCUGCAUCACAAUCAUCGGUGGGGGCGACACCGCCACCUGCUGCGCCAAGUGGAACACGGAGGACAAAGUCAGCCAUGUCAGCACAGGAGGUGGAGCCAGUCUGGAGCUGCUGGAGGGUAAAGUCCUUCCAGGUGUCGACGCCAUCAGCAGCGUCUAACUGUCCCUUCAGCUGGAGUGUGUGCGUGAGUGUGUACGUGUGAGUGAGAGGGCUGUGUGUAGCUGCUCCAACAUACUACUGUAUACCCCUGAAACAUCCCCAAGGUAACAUGAACAGGCCUCAUCUUAACACUUCCUCUCCAAUCUGCUGUCAUCAACAGAAGAGAAACGAGCACUCUGCCUUACGUCUAUGUGCUUCUUACAGUAGGAGGCUUGGUGGCUUCAUUUUUCUUUUUUUUUAAUCUUUUUUUUCUUUUUUAAAAGACAAAAAGCGGUUUUGGGGCUGAAACAAACUCACACCAUAGGUGGAGUUUAAACGGCAGGCGCACAAGAACACAAGGGGCUUUCUGCAUUCACCAGUGACAAAUCUAGCACAGGCUGUAGUGUGUAUGAAUGUGUGUGUGUUUCGUAGUGACCCUGGGAUCCUCACUGCACCAUCAUGAGUGUGUGUGCACAUGCAUCAUGUAUGUAGAAGUUGUUUGUGCGUGCCCUGAUGUUACAUGUAGUCUCUCUGCACUAAUGUCUGCUCCGGUCAUCUGUCUCUUCUGUUGUUUCUGAGCAGUUCCAGCUGACCUGGUCUGACUAAUAAAACCAUCUCUGUGUAAAACUC